CUCAUCUUGCCCAUAGUAGUUGUAUAAAUUUACUUGGACAUAAAUAUUUUAUUCCCACACCUGAGUGGCUGCAAGAGCAUGGAAUUCCUUUUAAAGUGAUUAUUCAGGAAGAGGGCCAGAGUGUCAUUGUUUGUCCGAACGCUGUACACUGGGGCUGGAACGCAGGCUACAACAUUGCGGAGGCUUGUAAUUUUGCAACGACAUCUUGGGUCCCUUUUGGCAUUGUGGCCCCAAAAUGCUCCUGCAUGGGUGGUGAAGUACACAUGGACCUGCAGAGAUUGAUUGCAGCAUCCAGACCAGAUCUGCUCCAGUGCUACUUGAAGAAAUCUGUCCCCAUGGGAGAAGAUGAUAUAUAUUACAAGUCAAUCUUGAGAAUAAAUGACAGAUCUCUCAUCCCUCAAACAGAUGCUGACAAGGAAGAGAAGAUGACUGAUGAGGAAGACGUACCAAGUGUAGAUGACACCAUUGAAGAUGGUUCUCUUUUUCCAGAAGUGCCUAAAAAGAAAACUUGGAGGAAAAACUUCUCAGGCACAUCAAUAACAAACAUAAGGAACCCAAAGUCCACUCUGACGCAAUGGAACACUUUAAUCUGCUUUUCCCAGAGAGAAACAA